AUGGAGCGAGACCCUGCCGCGCACCGCACAGUUGAGCAACAACAAGAGCUGGUGGGCGACCCCACGGAGGCGAAGGACUACGUGACCAUACCAGUCCCGCUCGCACCGUUCGCGCUCGAGGGAGAGGGGGAGAUCGUGAAUAGGCUGGCGCUCGUGACGGUGCUUCAGUGGCACGAGUCUGGCGUGCGCGCUCCAUGUCACUCUGAUGUGUCGCUUGGCGACUUCGAGCAGGCCACAAAGAGGCGUGCCGGACUACCGAGUGAGUACUCGGCGGCUGUGUACGAGAACGCACACAUCCGCACGUGCAAGCUGCGGUACAGGACAUCCAACCACCGCCAGCCACUACAGGACAUCCGCACUGCCGCAGCUGACAAGCGCUCUUCCAGCCCGCAAGCGCAACCAGACGGCGUUGACCCGGCCAUCGCUUCGAGCACCCCUCAGCUGACGGCCGCACGCAAGUCCCUCACCGCAAGGCCCGAUCACGAGAGCGACGCGGCUUCUGUGUUCGAUGAGAUCAACCAGGCCAUGGGCGGGAUCCUAAUGUACUACGACACUGUGACGCGCAACGCCGGCCUGCGCCCCUUCCCUGCAUGGGCUCACAGUGCAGUGGCGUUGCCGGCGCAUCCAACUGAUUACGGGCACAUCAAGCCCCAUUAUGUCCGUGCUGCAGCCACCCUGCAUGGACACACUGCCUUCUCCUGCGUGGAGUACGAUUCUGCCGCUGGUCAACCCCUGUACGGACGACUGCUCCCGCUGCUGGAUGCAGAGCGCCCGCUGGAUGACGGUAGCUACGAGCCGGCAGAGGUGGCCGUGCUGCAGAGGCUGACCCCGCAGGGCCUUGACCAGUGCAUGGGCUGCCAGCUGCUUGGCCCACCCGGCCUUUUUCGCGGGGUCACUGUCGUCCCCAUCUCCAAGCUACGACGCGCAGUCCACUGCGUCCCGUCGUUUGAGGAGCGAGACCUCUGGUACCUGAACAAGUGGGCCUAUCUUAUCAACGAGGAACAGAACUAG